UCCGUGACGUCAUCACGUCGGUUAACUUCCUGUACACGCAGGGUCCGUUCCGCAAAUCGUCCGCUGUUCUGGUUGAGAAGGCCAAAUAGCGACACUUUGCUGCAAGACGUGAUGGCUGCAUCAUUGCGUUUACUUUACUCCGUGUCAAGGCCAGGCACUUUUUCGGCCAGCCAGAAUCUAGUGAGGUCCUUCAGUGUGUCCGCACACAGGGAAGGAUUCAAGUAUGUGAACGCCCAGGAGGUCGCUACAGACAUGAAGUCCAUCACAGAUCGAGCUGCUCAGACGCUGCUGUGGACAGAGCUCUUCAGAGGGCUGGGCAUGACAAUGAGCUACCUGCUUAGAGAACCCGCCACUAUCAACUACCCGUUUGAGAAGGGACCUCUGUCGCCUCGCUUCAGAGGAGAACACGCACUGCGCAGGUAUCCUUCAGGAGAGGAGCGCUGCAUCGCCUGCAAGCUGUGUGAAGCUAUCUGCCCUGCGCAGGCCAUCACCAUCGAAGCAGAGACUCGUGCUGACGGCAGCAGGAGGACGACUCGCUACGACAUUGACAUGACCAAAUGCAUUUACUGUGGCUUCUGUCAGGAGGCGUGUCCUGUGGAUGCCAUCGUAGAGGGUCCCAAUUUCGAGUUUUCCACUGAAACCCACGAAGAGCUGCUCUACAACAAGGAGAAGCUCCUCAACAACGGAGACAAGUGGGAGGCAGAGAUAGCUGCUAAUAUACAAGCUGAUUAUCUGUAUCGAUAGACCCCCAUCCACACACACUCCCACACACACAUACACAGUGUACAGUUAGCACACACCAGAAUAACCUCUGUGACACACACGCACACACAUACGUCCAUACUGUACAUACUGUAAGAAGACUCGGCUGUGGAUGUGCUUCAGGGUUGGAUUUGGGACUUGCAGAUGCAUAUUUUAUUCAAACCAAACAUCAACACAUUUCCUCUGGUGUCAGUGUCAUCCCUCUUUGAUCUGAUAAAUAUACCUUGAUAUGUCGCUGAUUUUUACCAUGUCAUUGUUUUGAUUACAUAUUUAUUGUAGAUUGAUGAAUACUGCACUGGUUGUCUGUGUGAUGAUGAGCGUACAACAGUGCAGCUGCCUCAGCGUGGUCCAGUCACCGGUCAUGCUGUGGCAGCGUCGGUGCUGUACACUGAUGGCAGAUUGCAGAUGUCCCACACAAGCUUACAUGGAUUAUUUUAUUAUCUUGGAUGUCAGUGCAGAGUUUUGUGGUCUUUGUGCUGUUUCCACCCUGACUCAAGAAAUAAAAUUCUGGGAUUAAAAA